AUGCGGCUCGAUGCAGCGCAUACUGCUCCAGUUCCGCCAUUCCCACGUCCGUCCACGCUAGUUGUCACACGUCAAAACGAUCGCCAACAGCCCACCGCCGCGCCGCUGCCGCCACAAGAUGGCUGCUGCCUGAAAAAACCUCGUGUGUGCCAGAAGCCCUCAAAGUACUGGUUUAUCGUCAAAAACGCGCGCGAUGAUCUUUGA